GAGCUUCAACGUCGACGUUAACCUUGAAGCUUAAAGCUCAAAUUUCAAAGCGCGAAUUCCACUCUCAUCUCUUGCUGUAUAUACUGCUCAUCAUACAGUAUAUAUAUAAAUCUGGGUUCCAAGGAUGCCUUCUGCAAUAACCCCACUCGAGAAAUUCCCUCCUAUCACACCCUCAGGCAUCCUCGCGUUCCAAUUCUCAUCCUGGUACCCCCGCUUCUCAAACCUCAGCAUCAAGUCCACAAUCAUCAGGCCCCUCAGCCAAGAGUUUCGCGAGUAUCUUGAUUCAGAGGGCGUAUUUAUACCAGAAGGUUCAGAAGACGUGCCACCGGAAAUUACGUUGCCGGACAUUGAAGAACACCAUGAGGAAGCAGAAGAACAACGUAGGAAGUUCGCUUUUCCCGAGUUGGAUGGGAAGAUCAGAAGGGCUAUCUCGAAAUAUGGAGCAGUCUUUCCGAAGCUCAACUUCUCAUCACCACGGGACGCUGCAUGGAUGUUGCCCGCCUCUUCUCCUUUGAGAUGUACCUCCCCAGCGGAUGUCUACCUACUACUCAAGUCGUCCGACUUUGUUCUACACGACAUUGACCCAGAGUUGGUUUUCCAAGGUGUCGAAACGGAAGGGGCUCUAUCUGCACGUCCACCAUACGAACUCGAGCUGGUAUUGCGGAAAUGGUACUCCGUUGAUCACAGUCGAGAGCUUCGAUGUUUCGUUCGGCGGGAACAACUAAUUGCUAUCUCUCAACGUGACCCUAAUUACUACGACUUCUGGAACGAAGCUGGAACGAAGGACAAAGUCUUGGAUGCAGUGACCGAAUUCUGGGAGAAGAAUAUAAAGGGAAAAUGGGCAGAAACCAAUGGGAACUACACCUUCGACUUCCUGCUAACCCGAGACCUCAGUCGAGGUCACAUUCUUGACUUCGGUCCAUAUGCACCACGGACUGAUCCACUGCUCUUCACAUACGACGAGCUUUUUGAUUUAGCGAAACAAGCUACCAGCGACUCCAAGGCCGAAUUCAGAGUCAUCGACUCACGAAGUCAUCCAGCGGCAACUCGAAACGCCCCCGCUCACCAACAUAACAUGGUCCCCAUGGAGGCACUGGCGAUGAGCAGUGGUCGAAACCUUCAAGAGUUUGCGGGGAUGUGGCAAGAGGAGAUACGGCGAUCGGCACGCGAUGAAAGCGACGAUGAGAGCGACGAUGAGGACACCUGAAGGUGUGUAUCUUAUUGAACAGAAAGAAUGUACAACAAACAUGUGACUUAGAUAGGAGGGAGCUGAAUUAUUACGGAGGUACGAAAGCAAGGACGAGGAUGAAGAGGCUUGAUACACGACACGAACAAAUAUUCAUUGAUGCUAGUUGGGAUAUGAAUGGGGGGAUACCUCUUUGAUCCAUCUGCUCCAAACGAGAAGUCCAUCCACUACUACGAAUACAAACAAGGAUAUGCC